UAUGCUCCCCUCCUCCCUCCAACUGAUGACCUGUUAAGUCUCCAGCUGGGCCAAUUAACACGCUGCCUCCAGUUUAAAACCCACCUGGAGCUCAGUUGACACUCACUGGCCCAAGGAAACAAUGGAAGAAGCUUCUGUAAUCAAAGAUAUGAAAAGCUUCGAGUGUCUAUCUCCACUAGAGCUGGACAGGAAGUUUUUAGGGGAACAGAGUGGGCUGUCUGCUGACACACUUGCUGACGGAUUUGACCCCCGGCUGUCCAUCCCGGCUUCUCUCUGCCUCUCCUCGGACCCCAUUUCUCCCUCUCUGGCUCCGACCAACGCUCAAGAAUCUGACAGCUGUUACCUGGCCGUGCCUCUGCAGGGAAAGUCCUCCACUCCCUACGAGCUGCUUCUGAAGAAGAAGAAACAGCUCGCUGUGUUGGACCAGUCGUACAGCGACCUCACUCUCUCUCGAAUGUCCUGGGAUGUGUCCGGUAUUACACCUGAAAACAAUAGUCCGAGAUCCAUCAUGGAGUGCAGUGCUCUGGAGGCAACAUGGAGUCCAAAACCCCAAACGCAACCUCCAGGAGCCGAUGUUUCCCCCUGAUGUGGCCCAGAAAGUCCUUCAGUGAACACACACUUGGUUUUUAUCUGCACAUGGCUGUCUCUUCUGCUCCAUUGAGGAUUAUGUGAAGGAUCCAUGUGUGGGGAUUUAUGAGAGCCCUGUGUCUUAUUUACAAUGUUUUUAAAGAUUACAAUUAAAUAAAUGUAUCCAUGACUUUA